AUGACGGCUCAUCUGCUCCGGAGGAUGCUUGGGAGCCACGUCCUCCUCUUCCGCCUCCGUUCCCUGCUGCGGAGCUCCAGCAGUGGCACAGACACAGGCUUUCUGAUGAAACAAGCUGAAGCAAGUGUUGCUACAGAUUGGAAAAAAAACCCGACUCCAGAACAAUUCUAUGUUACAAGAGAAAAAGGAACUGAACCACCAUUUAGUGAGAUCUAUCUGAAUAACACAGAAUCGGGAAUAUACUACUGCAUGUGCUGCAAUGCCCCACUCACUAGUUCCUUCAAAAAGUACAAUUCUGGGACUGGGUGGCUAUCGUUUUCUGAGGCUUAUGGUACUUGUGGCAGAGAUGAAAGUAACACCAAUGUCAUGAGACAAACAGAUAACUCAUUGGGAUCAACUAGAACUGAAGUCACCUGCAAACAGUGUGAUGCCCAUCUAGGUCAUGUGUUUGAUGACGGCCCCACACCUUCUGGGCAGAGGUUCUGUAUCAACAGUGUUUCAUUACAAGGCAAAAGCCCAGAUAGAACUCAAUCUGCCCACGGUUGUAAAGGAUAA